UGCUUUCUGCUGGGCUCGUUUUUACCAUGAAAAGGGAAAAAUCUUUUAGCUUUUAGUGAUGGAUUCUCCAGAAACGGCAGUGGAGGCAGAACCUGACCCUGGAAGUCCUGAAAUAGUCUCUGUGCCAGAAGAGGAACUGCAAGCAGCUGAGAUUCCCUUUUCCUUUAAAUCGAUUUUUGGUUUAGACGAUUUGAAAAUGGAUUCUGGUGAAGGAGGACCAGAUGCUGAUGCAGUAGCUGCCCAGUUACUAUCCUUAAUCCCACUGAAGUUUUUUCCAGUCAUUGUUAUUGGCAUCAUUGCUCUAGUCCUAGCUGUGGCCAUUGGGCUGGGUUUUCACUUCAACUGUUCUGGGAAGUAUAGGUGCAGAUCUUCCUUUCAGUGUAUUCAGCUGACAGCCAGGUGUGAUGGCAUCUCCAACUGCAAAGAAGGGGACGAUGAAUACAGAUGUGCCAGGGUGAGUGGUCGGAACGCUGUGCUGCAGGUAUUCGUGACUGGCUCCUGGAGGACUGUUUGUUCGGAAAACUGGAAAGAUCAUUAUGGAAAUGUAGCCUGUUCCCAGUUAGGAUUCUCAAGCUAUAUAAGUUCGAGGCCCAUUCGUGUGGGUGCAAUAGAAGAGGAGUUUCGGGCUGAAUUUGUUUCUGUCAAUCACUGGCUUCCAGACAGUCAGGUCACCUUCUUGCACCAUGCAAUGUACUUAAGAGAGGAAUGUGCUUCUGACCAAGCAAUCAUCUUAAAAUGUGUAGCGUGUGGUCUGAGGGUCGGUUACACCUCCCGUAUCGUUGGUGGGAACGUGUCAUUGCCUAUGCAGUGGCCCUGGCAGGUCAGUCUCCAGUUCCAGGGCUAUCACUUGUGCGGUGGAUCGCUCAUCACACCCGUGUGGAUUGUCACAGCGGCCCACUGUGUUUUUGAUCUCUACACUCCUAAAUCUUGGACUGUGCAAGUGGGUUUGGUCAUCCUGCCGGACACUCCAGUCACCCCUCGCUUGGUGAAAAAAAUCAUCUAUCACAGCAAGUAUAAGCCGAAGACCCUGGGAAAUGACAUAGCACUGAUGAAGCUAGCCGAACCCCUCACUUUCAAUGGUUUGAUCCAGCCAAUCUGCCUGCCCAAUUCCGAAGAGCAAUUUCCUGUUGGGAAAGUGUGUUGGACAUCGGGAUGGGGGGCCACAGAAGAUGGAGGCGAAGCUUCAGCUGAGCUGAACCACGCAGCCGUCCCUUUGCUUUCAAACAAAGUGUGCAAUCACCGGGAUGUCUAUGGAGGAAUCAUCGCUCCUUCAAUGCUCUGUGCGGGUUACUUACAGGGAGGUGUGGACAGCUGCCAGGGUGACAGCGGGGGACCUCUGGCAUGUGAAGAUGGAAGGGUCUGGAAAUUGGUGGGAGCCACCAGCUUUGGGAUCGGCUGUGCCGACGUAAAUAAACCGGGAGUCUACAGUCGCAUCACCUCUUUCCUGGACUGGAUACACGAACAGAUGGAGAGAGACCUGAAAACCUGAAGACUUCACUGGUGAACUGCUGGAUUGCAUUUUCAUCCUGAUUGCUCCCCUGGCUCUGCAGAUAAAAAGCAACAACAACAACAAAAAAUCACCCUUCAUUACCUCUGACCCAAGAACAAAGCUCUUUGUUAAGAGCAAAUGCCUUUGCCUUU